AGUCGAUCUUGGAAGUUCAAGUAUUCAAGUUUGUUCUUGAUCGUGGAGAGGGUAAUGGCCGAAAAUUGUUUUGAUGAUAAAUAAUGCAUUUUAGUGUUAGUUAUUAUGGCUUUUCUUUGUCCUGUCAGAAUACGGCGAGGAAAGAAGAAGAAAAGCGGUGGAGGAGAAUUAGAAAAGGAUAUGGUGGGCAUGGGCCGCAUCACAGGGAGUGCAUCGAUAGAAACACUCGUUAGAGUGGGCAUCGAAAAGGAGAAUGGGCUCUCGCCGGACAGCAAAAUGGUGGUGCUCCAUGACUUCACGCCAUGCGUCGAUGAUGAGCUUGAAGUCAAACGCGGCCAGGUUGUGAACAUAUUGUACAGAGAAAACGACUGGGUGUACGUGAUAGCAGCUGAUAGCAGACAGGAAGGAUUCAUCCCUCACUCUUACUGUACGCCCUACAACACUCCGCUUGGCGAGUUGGCCAUGAACAAUGUCAAGAAGAAGCUGCCUCGCGAGAGGCACAACACCUCCACUGCAACCGAAGUCGAGGUCGACAUCAACACCGACGCUAGAGCUGGAGAUGUAUCUGACUGUGAAAGCUAUGGUAAGAAUGCAGCAACUGGGGGUCCACAGCAAACAUUGAAUAUAGCCAGUUCGCAAGCCUCUCUUCACAGUGCUUCCUCGUUACAACCCGAUGUGCAUCCAUUUUUCAAGGAUCCUUCAGGGAGGUUUAUAGUUCUGUACACAUUUAUCGCGGGCGACGAGAAUGAUGUGAGCGUGGAGCGAGGUGAGUUUGUGACUGUGCUCAACAGGGAGGACCCCGACUGGUACUGGAUUGUGCGCUCUGACGGCCAGGAGGGCUUUGUGCCCAGUGGAUUUGUCUAUCCUGCUGACGUCAUACAAGGACACCUGAAUCAGAUGAAUAAUAACAAUAACAACAACAACAAUAACAAUAAUCAAAAUGUGAGCUCGAACAAUCAUAACAGUUCUGGCCCCGCCCACCACCUGAAUGCAUCAGCCAAUGACGACCUUCGCUAUCAUGGCACUGAACUGGUCAUGCUUUAUGACUACAAGGCUCAAGCACCAGAUGAUCUGACAGUGAGGCGAGGCGACUGGGUUUAUGCUGAUCUCAGCAAGCAGCCGGUAGAUGGUUGGCUGUGGGUCUAUGCCCCCAAAACUCGUAAAAACGGAUUCAUACCCAAAGCGUACGCCAGGCCUCCAGCUAUGACCAGUCUAUAACAUUCGGCUUGAUGGUUCACAAUGCUGGAAUUUUACACCCGGCAAACCCAAGUGACAACUUAGCAUUAAUUCGUUGAAAAUUCAGUGUAGAGUGUAAAUUGACUCUUCUAUAAUAACUACUGUAAUAUAUAGAUUUAAUUUAAAUUAAUUGUUAUUCGUUAGAUCUAAUAGAGAGCCCGUCCAUAUUGAAUUAAGGGGUGCCUAAAUUUAUGGCUGUGGCAUAUUUAAAAGAUUCCAAUGUUAUCACUUACCAAUAUCUACAUGGAAAUAGGCAUUUUUGUCUUUCAUUAUAUUCCAUCAAUGCUAUGUAUAUAUAUUUUUUUAAUUUCUGAGUGUUUUCUUACUUUGUUAGGAUAAUGAUCAUAUUAAAACUCAUUUUUACAGUAUCAGGAAUAUAUUGUAGAUAUUUCCUGUUGAAAUUUUCUCCUAGUCUCAUAAUGACUUUAAAAUUUUUAGAAAGUUGUACAAUAUUUUGGACAAUUUUGAACUUAUAUUUUGUUUCAUCCCAUAUAAAAUGUAUGUUAUCACUCUUCCGAUUCUUCCAGUAGACACAGAAUGUUGAAUAUUAUUCAGUGAUGUUUGGAAAGUUUGGAAAUGAAUUAUCACUUUUUAUUUUCUUCGAUAUUGGAAAGGGCUGGCUGACGGCUUCCGCUGCUAGGGAACUUCAAUUUCAAUUUCAAUUCUAAUCUUGGAAAGAGUUGAUAAUUACAGAAUUAAUCAAUAGCUGUCCAUGUUAGAUACAGCUAUAAUUAUUAAAAUAAUGAGUACUGCAUUAUAUUGGAAUAUUCUUGUAGAUUAUAUUGAUUACAUUGAAAAUCUUGGAUAAUUUCAAUCGUCUAUUAUCGAAUCUCCAGAAGUAAUGUAGGAGAGUAUCUCUGAAAAUAAGAUGCUUUUUUAUAAGCAAGUAUUGCUCAAAAAUCAAAGCUUUAUCGAACUCUGUAAGGUCUCUCUGUUAGCAUUUGAGAACAAUCAGUUACUAUUUUUUUGUGUUCCAAUGAACUCUUCAUCUAAAAUAUAUUAAAUAUUAUAGUGUUCUGUAUUUUUUCAUUAAAUUAAUGGUAGUUUGAAUCUAGUCUUUUUUUAUUCCGUUAAAUCAUAUUUAAAAAGAAUUUCCAAUUAAAAAAAAAUAUUUAAUUGAAUAUGUUUUAAUUAUUACAAUUAUUUCAUUAUUUUGCUCAUUACUAUUAAUAUAUCUAAUCGGUAUGUGAAUUAGACUCCUUACUCAAGUAGCUAUUCAAGACUUGGUGGUAUAUUUGUAAGCCUUUUUUGUAUUUCUUUUUUACAAAAUGUUAUGUAUAGUAUUAUGUAUUAUAUUGUUUCCUUAAAACUAAGUUUUUAUUUGAACUUUCAGCUUAUAUCUUAUGGAACAGCUAUAAGUAACAGAAAUAACAAUAAGCAACUAAAGCUAUCUCUAACGAAUCUGAGAUAAAAGAUUUUGUUAUAAUGAAAUUGGUAAGGAAUAAUAACUGAUUCAAGCUCUCUCUCUGUUCUAAAUUUGAUGUAUGUCACUAGGUAACAAUUCCAUUUGUAACAGUUUAAUCAAAAAUAUUUUUUCAAAGACUGAUUUUUUUGAAUAUUUUUACGCCAUAAUUAUGUGCCUUAGUAAGUGCCACAAAAAUAUAAAAUGUUGUGAUGAAAAAAUUAGUGCUUUUUCUAUUUUUUUCAAAUAUAGGUAAUAACAUAAUGAUAAUGUCACUGAAUUUAGUUUUACUUCGAGUAAAAAACUGAAUAAUAUAUUCUUUCUUUAUCCCUCAAUUUGAAUCCAUGGAUCUUUAGUACUCAAUUUUAUUUUUUAAAGUUAUUGGUCUGCAUUAAAAAAAUAUCAAAUUCUUUCAAGAAACAAAAGUAUCAGGUUUAUUUGCUAAUAAAUUUCACUAUAAAACAUUUUUUGUAAUUUUGAAGCUUAACAUAACUCAAUCUGUUAUUGCUAGAUAAUUUAAUUCUCCAGACCAACAAAUACUUGAUCUGUUUGACUAUAUUCUUAUAAUCUAGUUGCAUGACAUGAACAUUUCAAAAUUGAUCAACGCAGUGAUAAGAAAAAUAGAAACGCUAUAAUUGUUGCAUGUAGAGCUAAAACCAAUAUUUUAUUACAAGUUAAAACCAAUAUUUUAUUACAAGUUAAAACCAAUAUUUUAUUACAAGUUAGAACCAAUAUUUUAUUACAAGUUAAAACCAAUAUUUUAUUACAAGUUAAACUCUACAGUAAUUGAAACCAUCUAGAUCAUAUUUUUCCUGGGUUCUUAUUUUUUACACCUUUUCCAAAUUUAGCAGAUGGCAUUGUAUUCAUGAUUUGGCUGUAGCAUUUUUUUGGAAUUAUCAUAGUUGUUAAUUUGUCUUCCAGAAAUUCGUCCAUUAUUUGUUAACAA